AUGCCGUGGCUGAGCGGCGGCCGGCGGCGGCGGCGGGGACAGCCGCGCGAGGCCCCGCGGGAGCCGCCGCCGCCCGCGCAGCCCCAGCGGGAGCCGCCGCCGGCCGCGGCUCCCACCGCGGUCCCCGCGCCCCCCGCGCCCUCCGCGCCACCGCCGCCGCGGGCCCGAGAGAGCGCCGAGCUGCCGCUGCCCGCUGGCUGGGAGGAGGCGCGCGACUACGACGGCCGUGUCUUUUACAUAGACCACAACACGCGCCAGACAUCGUGGAUCGACCCGCGCGACCGGAUAACAAAGCCAUUGACCUUUGCCGAUUGUGUUGGGGAUGAACUUCCUUUAGGAUGGGAAACUGUAUAUGAUAAACAAAUUGGAAUUUAUUACAUGGACCACAUAAAUAAGCUUACCCAGAUUGAGGACCCCAGAGAACAAUGGAGACGAGAGCAGGAACGGAUGCUGAAGGAGUACUUAAUUGUAGCCCAGGAGGCUCUCAAUGCCAAGAAAGAAAUCUACCAGAUUAAGCAGCAGCGGUUCGAGCUGGCUCAGGAGGAAUAUCAGCAGCUGCACAAAAUGUGUGAGGACGACAGCCGCUCAUACGCCAGCUGCUUCUCUGGAUAUUCAGCAAAUACAAAGUACGACCCAUACCAAAUUAAAGCAGAAAUAGCAAGUCGUCGGGAUAGGCUUUCCAGAUUAAAACGAGAGCUGACCCAGAUGAAGCAAGAACUGCAGUACAAGGAAAAGGGGGUGGAGACCCUGCAAGAGAUUGAUCGUAAGAUGUCAAGUGCUCACACCAACUACAAACUGGAUGAGGCACAGGCUAUAAUGAGCGAGCUCAGGACCAUCAAGAAGGCCAUUUGUACAGGCGAGAAGGAGAGACGGGACCUGAUGCAAAGCCUGGCCAAGCUUACCGAUGGCUUCAAGAACAGCUUUUCUCUUACGGAGCCCCUGCAAGAGUUCCCUCACAAUCCAGGUGAUUCCUUACCUCAGCAGUUCUGCGACGCUGGGUCUCAGACCGACAUCAUCGGAGAGUUCGUCUUUGAUGAUAAAACAAGACUUGUGGACCGAGUCAGGCUUAAUUGGCAGUAUGAGGAAGCCAAAAAGAGGGUGUCACAUAUCCAGCAGCAGCUGGCCCAGCUGGAUACCGAGUCCUGGCCGGGCAUGGCCGAGGCGGACAGGGACCGGCUGCAGCUCAUCAAGGAGAAGGAAGCCCUGCUUCAGGAGCUGCAGCUCAUCAUCCAGCAGAGAAGGCCCGGGGAGGACGUGGCGCGGCUGGAGGAGGAGUGGCGGCGCCUGGAGGAGGAGAUCCAGCGAGCCCGGGCCACGUCGGUGCAGGGCGCCACAGAAAGGAUUCUACUUCAGGAAAAAAGAAACUGUCUACUUACGCAGCUGGAAGAAGCUACCCGUUUAACGUCCUAUCUCCAGUCCCAGUUAAAAAGCCUGUCCGCCAGCACCCUGACGGUGUCCUCGGGGAGCAGCCGCGGCUCGCUGGCCUCCAGCCGCGGCUCGCUGGCCUCCAGCCGGGGCUCCCUGAGCUCCGUCAGCUUCACCGACAUCUACGGCCUCCCGCAGUACGAGAAGCCCGACGCCGCCGAGGGCGGCCAGCCUCUGCGCUUCGACCUGGUCCCCUUCGACUCCCUGGGCCGGGACGCCCCCUUCACCGAGCCCCCGGGCCCCUCCGGCUUCCACAAACAGAGGCGCUCCCUGGACACGCCCCAGUCCCUGGCGUCCCUGUCCUCCCGCUCCUCCCUGUCCUCGCUGUCCCCGCCCAGCUCGCCCUUGGACACGCCCUUCCUCCCCGCCUCGCGCGACUCGCCCUCGGCCCCGCUGGGGGACGGCGGCUUCGAGGUGCCGGGACUGGGCGCCCUGGACCGGCUGCGGGCUCAGGCGUCCGCUCCGGGGGACGAAGACCUGCCGGCCACGGCGGCCCUGCAGCCGCACGGGUUCCCCGGGGACGGGGAAGGACCUCGCGAGCGAGGACCCCCAGCGGCUGCGGCUCCCACGGGUGCAAUAGUGACUCUUCGAGAAGACAGCGCCAAGAGGCUGGAGCGGAGGGCGCGCCGCGUGUCUGCGUGUCUGUCGGAUUACUCGCUGGCCUGCGACAGCGGGGUGUUUGAACCCCCCACCAAAAAGAGUGAAGAUGCUGACGAGCUUGCGCAUGGGGACGCUGGCGGGAAGGAGGGGCCCCGCAUCCACGUGGGACUUUUGCUCGACAGUGCCAGCGAGUGCCUCCUGGUCAAAGUGCUGCAGCUGCAGAACUUCGCGGGGCGGGUGCUGAGGGAGGACUGCAGAGUACACAUCCGCGUCUAUCUGCCACCGCUCGACUCCAGCACGCCGAACACUUACUGCUCUAAGGCUCUGGAAUUCCAAGGCCCCCUGGUAUUUAAUGAAGUUUUCAGAAUCCCUGUGCAUUCGAGCAUGUUGACGUUGAAGUCCGUUCAGUUGUACGUGUGCUCAGUGAAUCAGCAGCUGCAGGAAGAACUGCUGGGCAUCGCUCAGAUUAACCUGGCCGACUAUGACGGUUCGGGCGAGAUGCAGCUGCGCUGGUACUCCGUCCAGGUGUUCACUGGCCCCGAGCCGCCCCGGCGGGAGGACGAGCGGCCAGGAGAUGGCGCCUCCCGGGACCCCGCGCCCACCGCCUCGGGGAAGACGGAUGCGGUGACAGUGUUGCUGGCUAGAACCACAGCCCAGCUGCAGGCAGUGGAGAGGGAGCUGGCCGAGGAGCGAGUCAAGCUGGAGUACACAGAGGAGGAGAUCCUGGAGAUGGAGCGGAAGGAGGAGCAGACCGAGGCUGUGUCUGAGCGGAGUUGGCAAGCCGACUCGGUGGAUAGUGGCUGCAGCAGCUGUGCCCAGACCAGCCCCCCACACCCAGAGCCCUGCUGCGUUGGCGUCGACUCCAUCCACAGACAGACGUUUGCGGGCCAGGCGGAUCCUUACAGCCCCGAGAAACUUCGGCCCCCGACUCUUAAGGUUGAUAAGGAAACCAACACAGAAGAUCUCUUCCCAGAAGAAGUAGCAAGUCUUCCGAAGGAGAGGCCUGGCCGCCGGGCCCGCGGCUCGCCCUUCGUCCGCAGCAGCACGAUCGUCCGUUCCCAGACCUUCUCGCCUGGAGCACGAAGCCAGUACGUUUGCAGACUUUAUCGUAGUGACAGCGACAGUUCAACGCUGCCCCGGAAGUGCCCCUUUGUCCGGAACACUUUGGAAAGACGAACCCUUCGCUAUAAGCAGCCCUGCAGGUCCUCCCUGGCGGCGCUGGGGGCCCGAACAUCCCUGGACCUGGAGCUGGACCUCCAGGCAUCGCGGACGCGGCAGCGGCAGCUGAAUGAGGAGCUGGGCGCCCUGCGCGAGCUGCGCCAGCGCCUGGAGGACGCCCAGCUGCGCGGCCACACCGACCUCCCGGCUUGGGUGCUGCGGGAUGAGCGCUUCCGGAGCCUGCUGCGGGAGGCCGAGAGGCAGACAAGACAGACCAAAGUUGACUUCCAUCAAGAGCAGGCAGCCGAGAAGAUGCUGAAGAAGGCCUCCAAAGGGGUGUGCCAGCUGCGCGGGCAGAACCUCAAGGAGCCCAUCCAAGUGCAGACGUUCAGGGAGAAGAUAGCCUUUUUUACAAGACCAAGGAUUAACGUACCUCCUCUGCCCGCCGACGAUGUUUGAUGCAGCGCUUUGUACACAUGAAGUAUUUAUCUGCCCAUUUUAUUUUCAUGAAGUUCUUAGACUAGCUAAAUUUGUCUUUAAAAUAUUUGUGCAAAGCUAUUAAUAUACACAUUUUGUAAAAAAAUAAAAACAAAACAUAUAUCUAUACAUAUAUAUUUUAUAAUAGUGACGGCAACAGGGCUUGGUUUUUCCUUGUUGUGAAAUUGACAUCUCUAAAGACAGGUUAUUUUAUAAAAGAUCAACUAUCAUGUUAAGAGUGUACAGUUUUUACGCUGUUUUAUUUGACUUAAAGGCUGGAAGACAGAAACGAAGUGAGUUCAGGCAAAUUCACUGUAUUGUAAUUUAUUUAUAGUACUUUUUUUUUCCUUGAAGGAAAAUACCGACUUUAAGAUGUAUUUUAAGACUGAAAUUUUGUUCUUCAGUAUUUGUCAUGCAGUAGAAUGGAACUUUGGGGCCGGUUUUGUUUCUCACACCUGAAAUGCAAACGCUCUGUGCUAAACUCGUCACUCAUGUCUGUUUCCCGUGUGUGCAUUUAUCACGUUCAUUGUAAGUUUCACACCUUCUGUGUUCUGUUAAGAUGCCACGCGCAGGGGUUCGGUCCCCAGUCAGUGCCGUGUGCGCCUGGCAGACCUCGCUCUCCCACGAUGGCCCCUCGUUUCCGUCUUGCCUUCCGUGCGCCUUUCCGUGCGCACCGCGAGUCUGAAGCCGGUUCCCGAGCCCCCGUGGCCUGUCCACGGUGACCGGCCACAUAGCCGUCCUCACCCGGCCUCGGGCAGCCCCGCCUUUUGAGUCCGCUUCAUCUGAUCCUGACCAACCAGGAAGGUGGUGGUGGAGCCCCGCUCUGCCGCUCUGUCCUGAUGGAACCUGAGAGGAGACGUAGGAACACGCGAUCUCAGUGGGGCAGUGGCCCCGCUGAUGGAGACAGUCACCACGUAGACCUGACCGCCUCUGAAGGCGCUCUUUUGAAGAAGCAGGCGUCUGUGGGUAACGCAAGUUACCCAGCGAGUCACUCCCAGGAGAGUGUGUGCUUUAAAUCAGAGCCCCCGCACCCCCCACUGGGGUCUACCCAGUAUUUCUUCGGAAAUCUUAGAACUAGUUCACGAGGGAAAAAUUCUUAUGUAAUAAAACUGUACCAUUCUUUUAAAGUACUAAAUGGUAUAGUUUGUCUAAUCCAUAUUUAUUACCUAUGAAAAGCACUCCCCUGCACAAGGCCUGGGUUGAGGGGUGAGGUGAGCCACGCCAAAUGCCAGAGAAGCCGGAGCCCUCCUCCUGGCCUCCCCGCCCCCACACCGGCAGUGCACCGCCCCCCCAAUCAGCAGCCUCUCUUCUCGUUAAUCUGUAACUGCCCCUUGUAUCACCUGCCUUCCUUUCCACGUUUAUUAAAAUCAAUUUUGUAAAAGCAUUUCAAUGACACGCGACCAAUCACGGACAGCGAAGUCAUCAGUGGUGGUGAGACUGAAAACUUUGCUUUUCCACAGUUGUCACCUCUCGCUAUGUACUUCUGCCUCUAGUCUCGCUUUUUUUUUUUUUUUUUUUUUUUUUUGCUGAUU